UGAUCAGAACUAUUUUUCCUCAGUUGAUGAAUUCACAAUAUUCAUUUGGUAUUCCAUAAUAGUCUGCUAUUUGCAAUCACAACACCACCAGUUGGACCCAAUCUGCUGAUGGCAUACAUCAUCAAAGAGAUUUCUCUUCCCGCUGGCAUUAAUUGAACAAUUUUGCAGAAAACGCGUGUGGCCGGCUAGCUAUCUGCCUAUCUGGAUAUCUGGCUCUGGCUGAGACAAUUGGUCCGGCACACGCACAUGGCUAAUGAAUGAACACCACCGGCCAUUCGGUCAGGAAACGGGGUAUUGGUAUGUGGUAUUCGUUGUCGGGGCGACCGGCCGUUCGAUUGCGGCCCAUACAAAUGGAUGGGGCUGAUACACACACUCACUGGAGCGUGUUGACGUUAGGCUUGGCGCUGCACAAAAUCGAUAGGUUCAGGAGUGUGGAACAAUGCAUAUCAAGCGAAGUCCAUCCAAAGGCUGCUCGCGAGAUCAGAAAAUCGAGUACGGCCACUAAUCCCAUAAAUGCAGCAAGGUGGCGUCCUGUUUUUACACUUGCAUGGGUCUGAUGCGGACAGUUGGAGGUGUGGGAGGCGGUGGCAGCGACGCACAGAUGCCGGAGGUGGCGGUGUCCACUCUAAAUCAUUGCCCGACCUACCGGCAAAUCCCAGGUGCCGGAACGGGCGCGGGAUCAGCACCGGCCAAGCGAGUACCCGUCCUAUUUUCCACCAACCGGGGACUUUAUCUGCGCCUGGCCCAACCUCUGGGGGACCAGAUACAGAUGGAAGCGCUGACACUGCAGCCACGCGGCCAGAACUACAAUAUCAGCUUCUGCGACCUGGAGCGCUGGAGCACCAAUCGGGCGAAUGUGGUCAGCCUGGAGGACACCUUUACCAUCAUGCAACAGCGAAAUAUGUCGCCGGAGUCUGUGAACUACCAGCCACGCCUGUGGAAGAACAACGUCAGCUACAGCCUGAUGCACUGAACUGAAAGCACCUCAAGAGAUUACAUCUAAGCAAUACAAUAGCAGUAUGUCGAAACACAGAAGUCUCGUAUGUAAAUUUAAAUGCAAC